CAUUCUGCACUCAUUCUUGAGGACGAGCUACGAGAACGCAAAUAUUCAAUAACAAAAGUGUCUGGUUUUUGCACUAACUGAUAUAGCUAAAGUAAAGGAUUAGUCACGCCGCAGUGCGGUGACAAAAUGUUUGUUCGAUCUCGUUCGGCGGUCUGCUAUUGGUGAAGCUGCGAGUUCUGAACGGGAGGGCGGCGCAAGAAGCCUUACAGCUGUUUUGUUUUUAAAAUUGUGUUUUGAUUGUGUGUGCAAAAUUUAGUUUUUUAGGUUUUCUCGUUCCAAAGCAAUCGUCACCAUGUCCAAGCUGUAUCUGCUUCCGAUCUCCGUUUUCCUGAUGUUCAACUUCACCUUCAUCGGAACCUACAUUGCUGCCGUUCUGCAAGGUCAUGUUGUGCCAACGGUGCCGUACAUCAGCGAUGCGGCAACCUACUCGCCGGAAAGUUGCGUGUUUGGUCAGCUAAUCAGCAUUGGAUGCGUGCUGCUGGGAAUCACCAUCUACGUUCGCUUGCGUCAGAUCCAGGAGAUCUCGCUGCGACAUCCGGACGUACAGGUCGCGAUCGGUCGCAUCAACGGGUCCGCGUUCUGGGUUGGGAUGGGAUCGUGUCUGGGGGUGAGCAUUGUCGGGAACUUCCAGGAGACUAACGUGCGUCCGGUACAUUAUGUGGGAGCGUUUCUUGCGUUCGGACUGGGGACCGUGUACUACUGGAUGCAGGCUUACAUAUCGUACUACGUACAACCGUACGUCGGUUCCAUGGUGAAGGCCCACGUCCGGCUGGCGAUCGCCGCGAUCUGCACGGUGUUCUUCAUCAUCGUCGCCGUCACGGGCAUCAUCUCGCACAUCCUGUUCAACGGAACCGACCCGCGCAAGUGGUACCCCUCGGACGGGGGCUGGGAGUACCACGUGGCCAGUUCCAUCUCGGAGUGGAUCGUGGCGACGGCGUUCUGCUUCUACAUCCUGACGUUCACGGACGAGUUCCGGUUGAUGCAGCUGGAUCAUCCACCGCUCAUCUUCAUCGAGGUCGAGGGCUCCACGAACUACGAACCGGUCAUCAACGAGCCCGUCAGUCCGGUCGUGUCGUGAUGCGACAUCCGCCGCGUCCAGUUGCCAGCCCGCUUGAACCGACCAAAGCCACCGCCAUCCUCA